AUGUGGGUCCCCAGCCCCUGUCAGCUCUGCCUAGCCUUCCUGCUUGUCUGUGUCCUUCCAGCAAUAUCAUUCUUUCUUUACCUCCAGCAAGACCUCUUUCAAUGUGGCCUUGGCCUGUCUGUCCUUUGUCCCGACUGCCACCUGCUGAGAGCUCCAGUGGCCAUCAUCUGCCUGCCUGACAAACAGCUCACCACAGACACCUCCUCCUCUUGUCUUCAGGAUGCUGAGCCUGUCUCAGGAACCUGGACUAUCCACCCAGGUGGCCAGUUUGCUAGCCAGUUGCUGCUUCCCCUGGCCCAGCUCAUCAGCCUUUGGCCCUCAUCCUGCCAGCCACGCCAUGCCACCUGGGCCCUGGUGUUCCGAAUCACCCUACCUGUGCUGAUCCAGGCAGACAGUAGGAUACCAUGGCAGAAGUGGCAGCUGCACGACUGGCUGUUGGAGAAGUAUUCCCGCUCGGAGGACUUCUUCCUGAAACUGUCGGGGUUCCCCUGGCCUUGGAUUUUCCAUCACCUUCGAGAGCAAAUCCACAGGAAAUUCACCCUUCAUGACCACCUUCAGGAUGAGGCCCAGCACUUCCUGAGUCAGCUUCGCCUGGGCCACACUGCGGCCCAGUCUUGCACCUUCAUGGGUAUUCACAUAUGCUCUGGGGAUCUGCAGGUGAUGCCCCAGCAAUGCAAGUGUGGGGUGGGUGACCACGCCUACCUCCGGGACUGGUUCCAGGCACGACAUGAAGGCUCAUUCUUCACGGUCACCAGCCAUGGCAUGAAGUGGUGCUGGGAAAACUUCCACACUCCCAGGGUGAGGUGGCUCACCAGGGAAGGCCUGGGCCUUCACAUGUGCAGUCACAUUCUCAGGACCACUGGGACCUUUGGCCUCUGGGCUGCCUACCUGGUUGGUGGACACACCAUCUACAUACCCAGCCUCACCAUGCCAGACUCAGAGUUCCUGAGGGGCUUCAAGCCUGAGGCUGCCUUCCUGCCUGAGUGGGGGGGCAUUCAUGCAGGCUUGUCUCCAGUGCAGACAUGGACUGGGCCUUGGAAGCCAGGGAGACUUUGGGGACCGGUCUGAUGAGGCUAGAGCCAUAUGUGUCUCCAGAGACUGGCAGCUUCUGCAUAAGCCUGAGGUGGUCCCAGUGCAGGUGGUGCCCAUGACCAGAGAGAUUCCAGUUGGCCAGAGGUGGAAAGAAGCAGGGGCUUCCUGGAGCUGGCUGAACACCUACAACAAGCAAAACAUCUUUUCCGAUGACUGGCAAGGCCCAGUGAAGCUCACGGUGG